UUUUACGGAGUUCUUGGAUCCAUUCCAGAGAGUCAUCCAGCCGGAGGAGAUCUGGCUCUAUAAAAAUCCUUUGGUGCAGUCAGACAACAUACCUACCCGCCUCAUGUUUGCAAUUUCUUUCCUCACACCCCUGGCUGUUAUUUGUGUGGUGAAAAUUAUCCGGCGAACAGACAAGACUGAAAUUAAGGAAGCCUUCCUAGCCGUGUCCUUGGCUCUUGCUUUGAAUGGAGUCUGCACAAACACUAUUAAAUUAAUAGUGGGAAGAUGGAGUGAUGAACUCGGAAAUGCACUGCACGGGUGACCCCGAUCUGGUGUCCGAGGGCCGCAAAAGCUUCCCCAGCAUCCAUUCCUCCUUUGCCUUCUCAGGACUUGGCUUCACGACGUUUUACUUGGCUGGCAAGCUGCACUGCUUCACCGAGAGUGGGCGGGGGAAGAGCUGGCGGCUCUGUGCUGCCAUCCUGCCCUUGUACUGCGCCAUGAUGAUCGCCCUGUCCCGCAUGUGCGACUACAAACAUCACUGGCAAGAUUCUUUUGUUGGUGGAGUCAUUGGCCUCAUUUUUGCCUACAUUUGCUACAGACAGCACUACCCGCCUCUGGCCAACACAGCUUGUCACAAACCCUACGUCAGUCUACGAGUCCCGCCGUCGCUGAAGAAAGAUGAGAGGCCCACGGCCGACAGCGCACCCAGCCUGUCCCCUGAGGGGAUCACCGAGGGCCCCGUAUGACUGGGACCUCGGAGGACGGUCGCUGAGCCCAGGCCACGCUCUACCACCUCUCAUAACGCAGUAGAAGAGCGUUUCUGUAGUAGUGUGCUCGUCAUCAGUUGUUUAUCCAAGUUAUCCUCCUGCUUCCACUUUGCCGACGGUGUUCCUGCUACUUUAAAUGUCUACUUUCAGCUCCCCUGAAUUCGCAAGGGAAGGACCCAGGAACGUUCUCUGAGAGACCUGUGGGUUUGGAAGGAGGCUGCAAGGGUGGGCGGGCACAGCUUGGUCGAUUCCUCCAUCUGAAAUGUUUUCUAUCGCAGCCAGCGUCCUAUGAUUUCACGGUUGUAAAGCAUAAUAAAAUGUCGCACCUGGAAGACGUGGCAUUGGCCGUUCAGCGCACAAGUCAUUCGGGGCCGCAGUGAGUCUCACAUCGGCCGCCGCGUGAGCAUCUGGCCCAGCGCUAGCUCUGGCUGUGGCCAUUCUAGGUGCUGAGCUGGGGGCAAAGGCUGAGAACUUUCACAACAGUCAGCCACAGCUUAUGUCUCUGAAAUGGACUUGCAACUUGGAGAUGCAGCCUUAGUAUCUCCAGGGCUUUUUGAAUCGUUGAAUCUAGAGGGAAGUGAGAUGAAGAAGCUCACGCAUAGGCUUCCACCAAACACGAUGAAAAUAGAGAUUCCAAGUAUGGGGAGGGGGUCACUGCAGUUUUCUGAGGGCCCUGGCUACCAUAUCCUUUCAAGGGAACGGCUGGGUGACGAUGAAGUAAGAAGCAGCCUCCAGGUAGGAGUUUUUCCCCUGUAGGAUCCCAGUGCUUGAAAGCUUCUUCAGGUGGUGGUCGCAAGUCCCCAUUCCUAUCUGGCAGGUGGCGUUACAGCAUGAGAGGGCGCGGGCAGAAGGUGCCGGAGCACGAUCGGCAAUAUGCUGUCUCUUGCUCGGCUCUUCGAACUCUUUAAAAGCGGCCAGUCGAGAACCGUUUUUAGUCUGAGUACAGAGCCUGCCACUCCUCGGCCAGCUGGUUCUCUUCAAAGCAGCGGGCGUCCCUCCGUUCAGUUGUGAUCACGCGCACCAAGUGGUUCUCCAGAUUCCUGGGCCUGCUGCGAUGGGAAGCGUUUCUGGUGUCUGAAGACUGUCACUUUCCAGCAGUCCAUGGAACAGACUGCAUUUGGAAAGACUGUACAAGUGGUCACCUGCAUAGCUCUGCCCUGGGUGUGCCACUUGGAACCAUCAGGAUGUCUUUGAUCAGCCACGUCCACUGCGGGCUCAGCCUGGGAGUGUGUGAAGAUCUUAUCAAAUGAGCCCCAGUGCAGCCCUGCAGCUGUGGUCCUUCCAAACCUGUGUCUGCACUGAGCCAGGGAGCCACCAUCCUGUUGUGGGGUCGGGG